AUGAAGCUAUCUACCAUAGCUUUUGUGGGGUUGACAGUCCUCCAGGCUGUGUUCGCUCAGUCUGUUACUGAGACUGUCUGUUCUGGAACAAACACUGUUACUACUGUUGUUCCAUGUACCGCUACUGGUGCUGUGUUAAAUUUGGUCACAACUAUCAAUGACGUUGGUCAAUUGUUGACCAAUGGUGAUUAUACUGAUGCAUCUCAAUCUCUCGUUCAAGCCGUUGAUACUCUUGGUUCUCUUGGUGAUCUUUCUCCCUGUGACGAGGUUUCUCUCGAACAAGCUCUUUCCAGUCUGAUUAGUGGUCUUUCAAGUGAUCUUGCCAACCUUGUUACUGAGGGUCUUUCUGCUUCUGAUCUUGAUGCCAUUGUUACUUUAUACGAUGCUAUUGAAGAACUUAUCUCGGAGCUUGGUUUCAGUUGUACAUUCACAAAUGGUCUGCUUACUCUUCUUGAGACUCUAGCGAGCGUCAUUAAUACCCUUAUUAACUUGUACAAUACGACGAUAGGUAUUCUAGCUGGCAGGAUAUCUACUAUCACCAGUCCGACUGUUUCAUGUAAUUCAGCAUCAAGUUCAGGUUUAGUGUGCACGGCAAGUUCAUCGGCUGCUUCCUCAGCGGCCUCUUCUUCUGCUGCCUCGUCUGCUGCUUCCAGCGCUGCUUCAUCUGCUGCUUCAUCCGCCGCUUCUAGUGCCGCUUCAUCUGCUGCUUCAUCCGCCGCUUCUAGUGCCGCUUCGUCUGCUGCUUCUAGUGCUGCCUCUUCCGGUGCUUCAUCUGCCGCUUCAUCUGCUGCCUCCUCAGCUGCUUCUUCGGCUGCUUCUAGUGCCGCUUCCAGUGCUGCUUCUUCUGCUGCUGCUUCUAGUGCCGCUUCUUCUGGUGCUUCUUCUGCUGCUGUUACCAGUGGCCCUUCUGCAUCCAUCAGUGUCACCGAGACUGUCUGUUCCGGUACCGCAACCGUCACGACUGUCGUUCCUUGUACCGCCAGCGGUGUUGUGUUGAACUUGGUUACCACUAUCAAUGAAGUCGGUCAACUUUUGACCAACGGUGAUUUUACUGAUGCUUCUCAAUCUCUUGUUCAAGCUCUUAACACUCUUGGUUCUCUUGGUGACCUCUCUCCUUGUGAUGAGCUCACUCUUGAACAAGCUCUUUCUGGUCUUAUCAGUGGCCUUUCCAGUGAUCUUGCUAACCUUGUUACUGAGGGUCUUUCUGCUUCUGAUCUUGAUGCCGUCGUUACUUUGUACGAUGCAUUGGAAGAACUUAUUGCCGAGCUUGGAUUUGACUGUACUUUUACUAAUACCUUAUUGACUCUCCUCGAGACCCUCGCUGGUGUUAUUAACACUUUGAUUGACCUGUACAACACCACUCUUGGAAUCUUAGCUGGUCAAAUUUCUACUAUCCAGAGCCCUACUAUUUCCUGUAACUCUGCUAGUAGCACUGGUUUGGUUUGUACCGCUUCGUCCAGUGCUGUUUCAUCUAGUGCUGCUUCUUCCAGCGCCGCUUCAUCUGCUGCAUCCAGUGCUGCUUCUUCUGCUGCUUCCAGUGCCGCCUCUUCAGCUGCUUCUUCUGCUGCCUCGAGUGCUGCUUCCAGUGCUGCCUCUAGUGCUGCAUCCAGUGCUGCUUCUUCUGCUGCCUCCAGUGCUGCUUCUUCAGGUGCUUCUUCUGCCGCUUCUAGUGCCGCUUCUUCUGGCGCUUCCAGUGCUGCUUCUAGUGCCGCUUCUUCUGGUGCUUCAUCUGCUGCUUCUUCUGGUGCCUCCUCUGCUGCUGUUACCAGUGGCCCUUCUGCCUCCAUUAGCGUUACUCAAACCGUCUGCUCUGGUACUGCUACCGUCACUACUGUCGUUCCUUGUACCGCCAGCGGUGUUGUGUUGAACUUGGUUACCACUAUCAAUGAAGUCGGUCAACUUUUGACCAACGGUGAUUUCGCUGACGCUUCUCAAUCACUUGUGCAAGCUCUUAACACUCUUGGUUCUCUUGGUGACCUCUCUCCUUGUGAUGAGAUUACUCUCGAGCAAGCCCUUUCUGACUUGAUUGGCGGUUUGUCCAGUGAUCUUACCAAUCUUCUUACAGAGGGUCUUUCGGCCUCUGACCUUGAUGCCGUUGUCACUUUGUACGAUGCUUUGGAGGAGUUGGUUGCCGAGCUUGGAUUUGACUGUACAUUUAGCAACCUUUUGUUAACUCUCCUGGAGACUCUCGCUGGUGUGAUUAACACUUUGAUUGACCUGUACAACACUACCCUUGGACUCUUGGCUGGUCAAAUUUCUACUAUCCAGAGCCCAACUAUUACCUGUAACUCUGCUAGCAGUACUGGAUUAGUCUGUACUGCUUCUUCUGCUGCUUCAUCUAGUGCUGCUUCUUCCGCAGCUUCUUCUGCUGCUUCGUCUAGUGCUGCCUCUUCUGCUGCUUCAUCUAGUGCCGCUUCUUCUGCUGCUUCAUCUAGUGCUGCCUCUUCUGCUGCUUCAUCUAGUGCCGCUUCUUCUGCUGCUUCAUCUAGUGCCGCUUCUUCUGCUGCUUCAUCUAGUGCCGCUUCUUCUGCUGCUUCAUCUACUGCUGCUUCUUCUGGUGCUUCCUCUGCUGCCUCCAGUGCUGCCUCAUCCGGUGCCUCUUCAGCUGCUGCUUCUAGUGCUGCUGCCUCUUCAGGUUCUUCCUCAGCUGCCGCUUCUUCUGCCGCAGCCUCCUCAGCUGCUGCUUCAUCUGGUGCUUCGUCUGCUGCUGCCUCUUCUGCCGCUUCUAGUGCUGCUGCCUCUUCAGCUGGUCCUUUCACCAACUCGACUAUCAGCUCUGCUGCUGCUUCUAGUGCUGCUGCUUCAUCUGCUGCUGCCUCGAGUGUUGCUGCUUCGACUAGUGCCGCUGCAUCAUCUGCUGCUGCCUCUUCUGCCGCUGCAUCAUCUGCUGCUGCCUCCUCUGCUGCUGCUUCGUCUGGUGCCGCCUCUUCUGCCGCUGCUUCUUCUUCCGCUGCUGGUCCUACCUUGGGAUGCAGAGGUAUCAACUGUCCUAACGGCGGUGCUUCCUCAUCUGCUGCUGCUUCUUCCGGUGCUGCUUCUGGCUCUGCUUCGGCUUCUGCUUCUGCUUCUGCCUCUGCUUCUGCUUCAACCUCCGGAGCUGCCUCUGCCUCUGCUUCCGCCUCUGGUGCUGCUUCUGCCUCUGCCUCUGGUGCCGCUUCUGCUUCGGCCUCUGCUUCUGCUUCAGUCACCACUUCUCCCGCUGGUCCUACCUUGGGAUGCAGAGGUGUCAACUGUCCUAACGGAGGUGCCUCUUCGGCUGCUGGUUCUGGUUCUGCCGCUGCUUCUUCCUCUUCUGUAGCCACUUCUCCUGCUGGAGGUAACGGUGGUUCUGGAUCUCCUACUGGAUCUGGUAGCGGAUCUUCUCCAAGUGGAACCAGUGGUAACGGUGGUUCUGGUCCUGGUAAUGGUGGAUCUGGUGCUGGCAACGGUGGUUCCGGUCCCGGCAAUGGUGGAUCUGGUGCUGGUAACGGUGGUUCCGGUGCUGGCAAUGGUGCUGGUAAUGGUUCUGGUAAUGGCGGCUCUGGCGCUGGCAAUGGAGCUGGUAAUGGUGGAUCUGGUGCUGGCAAUGGAGCUGGUAAUGGCUCUGGUGCUGGUAACGGUUCUGGUUCUGGUCCUGCCUCGACCAACCCUGAAAACAACUUCUCCGGUUCUGGCAAUGGUGCUGGUAAUGGUGGAUCUGGCGCUGGUAACGGUGCUGGCAAUGGUGCUGGCAACGGAUCUGGUGCUGGUAAUGGAGCUGGUAACGGAUCUGGUGCUGGAGCUGGUAAUGGAUCUGGUGCUGGUAACGGCAACGGUUCUGGAGCUGGCAAUGGCGCUGGCAACGGUUCUGGCGCUGGUGCUGGCUCUGGCUCUGGCUCUGGCUCUGGUGCUGGUAAUGGCGCCGGUGCCGGUGCCGGUAAUGGUUCAGGCUCGGGCUCAGGUAAUGAACAAACUGGCCCUGCCGAAAACACAUCCGGUGCAUCUAAAAUCACAAUCAGUUCCUUGGUUGUUUUCUGUUCUUUAUUAUUGGUCCUUUAG